AUGUGUGUUUUUGCAGUCUGGGUGUUUUUGGGAAUCCUUCUCUGUGCACCGUACCAGUGUUUGGAGUGUCCUUUUGGCUGUGAGUGUUUUGCCGUCACUCGCACAGUGAAAUGUGUUUCUAAGGAUCUGCUCACGGUGCCACAGAGUAUCCCAGGAUAUGCAAAGACUGUCAUCAUCACAGGGAAUAAUAUACAUCACAUUGGACCUGAUUCGUUUACAGAGCUGGAGAAUGUCAGCAACAUCAUUUUAAGCAAUAAUAGGAUUACAGAGAUGGCGUCUCACAGCUUCUCUUCCCUCAUCAACUUGCGCUUCCUGGACCUCAGUGAGAACCAGCUGGCCCUCAUCCAUCCAGAAGCUCUCAGUAUACCUGGCAGUCCCCUCCAGGAGCUCAACCUGAGCCGCUCGCUGCACAACUUCACAGCCCUGAUGGACCUCACCACAGCUCUACGCUGGGGCGGCCUCAGGGGGCUCCUCCGCCUAGACCUCUCUGGGAACCACCUCGCCCUCCUGCCCCCAGGGAUGUUCUCUCACCUUCCCAACCUGCAGCAGCUCUUCCUCACUAACAACUCUCUGAUGGCUGUCUACAGCGGAACCUUCUCUGGAAUGAGCCACCUGGAGGUGCUGGACCUUACUCGCAACGCCUUCAUGACCUUCAGGGCUGAUGCUCUACAAGAGCUGGAGAAGCUCGGGAACAUCCGAAUCUUUCUUGGUGACAACCCCUACACCUGCUCCUGUGAGAUCAGUAAUUUUGUGGCCUGGCUGAAUGAAUCAAGAGCCCAGGUGGAUGUGGACGCUGUGAGGUGUGCCUCACCGAGAGGGUUAAGCGACACCCGACUGCGAGGACUAAGCAUCCAGGCUAUUGGAUGUGUUGUUCCAGUCCAAGCAGAGGUGACGGACCUCACCCUGCAGACAUCAUAUGUCUUCCUAGGGCUGGUGCUGGGCUUUGUGGGCAUGGUCUUUCUCUUUGUUCUCUACCUGAACCGCAAGGGUAUGAAGAAGUGGAUCACUGAUAUGAGAGAUGCGUGUCGGGACGUUCUGGAGGGGUAUCACUACCGAUAUGAGAUCGACUCAGACCCUCGGCUGGGGCACAUCGCCGCAAAUAAUGGUGGCAGCAGGGCACGAGGGCACUUAGGAUUACCUUUGUCGCAGCAGCUGCCAAGUGACACCCGUAUUGUUCCUCCAGACACACAUGUAAAACAGCUGAAAACCUCUCCACCUUUGAACCUAUGAUCCUUUAAUGAAGCUAGAAUCAUUUGAAAAAGAUGUAGAUGUGUAUAGUUUAUGCCGGUAGAUUUCCAAGUCAUGUUUUUGAGCCUCCUGUACAUAAUGCAGUUACAACCUAUAAAUCUCACCUUAAAAGUGCCUUUGUGUUGUUGAGGCACUUGUGUUUAUAAAUUUACCUUAGAAGAAUACUCUAUCUCUAAAAUGACCAUUCGUAUAUUAAUGACUCACCUCAUGUUAGGUUGGAUUCGGAAAGAAAACUUCACUUGCCUCCACGGUAAACGAAGAAUCCAAAAACAGAAAAGUCUUAGGGGUUUCAUAACAGCAAAACUACAUCAAAACAUCCAUUUACAAACUCUCAACACAACUCGUGCGGUAUAAUCCAAGUCAUAUUUAUUCAGUUGUAUGCUCAGGACUUCCCAAACGUGUACAUUUUUACCAAAACCUUACAAUUAAAAACACUUCAGCAUAAACAGCACAGGUGGGCUCUUCAUCCGUGCAUGAGACUGUGUAAGUGUUUUGAAUAAUAAGGUUUUGGUGAAAGUGUACGUGUUUGGGAAGUACCAAGCAUACGAGUGGAAAAAUGAGACUUACAUUAUACUGCAGGAGUUGCGUUAGAGUUUGUAAACACGUUUUGUAAUAGUUUUGCUGUUGUUUAACAUGGCCCCCUAUGAUGUGAAUUCAUCAAGAAUUAAUGCUGUUUUUGGAUUCUUCGUUCACUGUAGAGGCUUGCGAGAAAAGUUUUCUUCACAAAUUCAACAUAACACGGGGUGAGUAAUUGAUACAUAGAUUAUCAUAUGGGGGGGUGAAGUAUUCCUUUAAUAAUAAUGUAUGUUUAUUAUACAUUUUCUAAGAAUAUAAAUCAUGAUAGGUUAGACUGAAAACGGACUAGACAGCCUGCAUCUCAUUUCCUGUCAGUUGUGGUUUGUUUGCCUUUUGCUAUUAGUAUCUUGAUUUAAAAUAUCUUAACAUACUGCAGAAGACUGCCAGAAAGAUAAGUGACAUAUAGUUCAAUGGCUUGAAAAAAUGCAUGUUGAAGCCCAGUAAAUUUUAUAUUAGGUACUCAAUCCUUAAUUCAAUUAUUAAUGUAUCUUUAUUGUGCUAGAAUCCAUAAUAUGAUCUGUAUUACGAUAUUCAAAUGAAUAGAUACUAGAGCUCCUGU